AAAAGAAAGUGAGACAGAGAGAGAGAGAGAGAGAGAGAGAGGGAACUGCAAUCGAUCUAUGCAAGGCGGAGCGAAUCGCUUUGAUCGUCGUAGGUCGAUAAUUGUUGUCCAAAAAUCGGUGGGUUAUUAUUAACGGAAUCGAAGCUGAGAUUAUGAGCUGCCAUGACAAGCUGUGUUGCUCGUCUAAUCUGAGCAGCCUGAUUUCAGGCAUCUUGAUAUUAAUCCUUUACCAUUCUCUCCAGUUAAUCUCUAAUUUCUCAAUUCCUAUACACCCUUUCAAUUUCUAAGUGAAUCUUUACGAUCGAGCGAUCUCCGAAUCUUCGCAUUUCACAAGAAGAAAAAAAAUUCUAACUUUCGUUGAUCAAAGUAUUCGUGACAUGGACCCGGAUGACGAUUCGUUCUCCAACAAUGGAUUUUUCGAGGGCUCACUACCUACGGUCAUUGUGAUUGGUGGUGGUAUUUCCGGGCUUGCGGCAGCUCGGAUCCUUUAUGAUGCAUCUUUUAAUGUGGUAUUGCUGGAAUCAAGGGACAGACUUGGUGGCCGAAUCCAUACGGACUACUCAUUUGGCUGUCCAGUGGAUAUGGGAGCAUCAUGGCUACAUGGGGUUUGCAAUGAGAAUCCUUUAGCUCCACUAAUACGAAGUUUGGGCCUCACAUUGUACCGUACCAGCGGUGACAACUCUGUGUUGUAUGACCAUGAUUUAGAAAGCUAUACACUCUACGACAUGCAUGGACGCAAAAUACCCCAACAAGUAGUUAUUGAAGUUGGAGAGACAUUCAAAAGAAUUCUCAAAGAGACAGAGAAAGUACGGGAUGAAUAUGUCAAUGACAUAUCUGUUCUGCAAGCAAUUUCAAUUGUGUUAGAUAGCCAUCCAAAACUAAGACAAGAAGGACUUGCCUAUGAAGUGCUGCAAUGGUAUAUUUGUAGAAUGGAAGCUUGGUUUGCUGCAGAUGCUGACAUGAUAUCACUGAAAAACUGGGAUCAGGAGCAAGUUCUUUCUGGAGGUCAUGGACUUAUGGUGAAAGGUUAUGAACCAGUUAUAAAGGCACUUGCAAGAGAUAUUGAUAUACGCUUAAAUCAUCGGGUUACAAAAAUAUCCAGUUUGUUUAACAAGGUUAUUGUCUCGGUUGAUGAUGGUCGAAAGUUAAUUGCUGAUGCUGCCGUAGUAACUGUACCCCUUGGAGUUCUUAAAGCUAAUUUAAUUCAUUUCGAACCGAAGUUGCCAGAAUGGAAAGUUUCUGCAAUUUCAGAUCUUGGUGUCGGUAGUGAAAAUAAAAUCGCAUUGCUAUUUGACAGUGUGUUUUGGCCAAAUGUAGAACUCUUGGGCAUUGUGGCUCCCACAUCUUAUGCUUGUGGUUAUUUUCUAAAUCUUCAUAAGGCUACUGGCCAUCCUGUCCUUGUCUAUAUGGCUGCUGGGAGGUUUGCUUAUGAUCUUGAGAAGCUCUCAGAUGAAUCUGCUGCAAAGUUUGUGAUGUUACAACUCAAGAAGAUGUUUCCUGAUGCAAAAGAGCCGGUUCAAUAUCUUGUUUCGCGCUGGGGAACUGAUCCGAACUCUCUCGGUUGUUACUGCUAUGACAAGGUCGGAAAGCCUGUGGAUGUGUACGAUAGGCUUCGCGAGCCCUUGGAUAACAUAUUCUUUGGAGGGGAAGCUGUUAGCAUGGAUCACCAGGGUUCUGUGCAUGGAGCGUACUCAGCUGGAGUUAUGGCUGCAGAGAAUUGUCAGUCUUACCUCUUAGGAAGACUUGGCGAUGUGGAGAAGAUUCCACUAGCCUCUUUCAGGACUGAAAAUCUUGAAGCUGCAUUUCCCCUCCAAAUUUCAAGGAUGUAAACUUUUCAUGUUUGCUGAAUAAAGACGAUGGUUUAAUAUUGGGAAAAGAAUUGAAUUGGCUCCUGAACUUUGAUAAUUGGGUCGAUUGAGCCCGUAAACUUCAUUUUGGGUUAAACAGACCCUGCACUAUGAUGAAUGAUGUCCAUUAUUCUUUCGUCA